AUGAAUCCCAAGGUGGCUUCAAAGAAGCGCAAGGCUGUCACCCGCGAUGUGGAGGAGGAAGCUGGUGUCUUUUCUGGUGACGAAUUGAGCAAAAACAACCUCGAUGGAGCCUUGUCGGACAACGCCAAUGAUCUUUCGGAGAGCGAAGACGACGACAGCGACUCGGAAAUCGAACUGGUCGACGAAUUCAGCGACGAAGAGGAUGGAGAAGAAGAAUUGGACAGCGAUGAAAUCCCUUCUGAUACAGAGGAAUUGAAGCCAGCUGCUGGUGAACCCAACUUCCGCAUUGUGAAGGACGCCAAUGGAAAUGAUCGCUACCUUUGGGACGAAAUCCACCCCGACGAUAACUCCGAGCUUUCUGAGGUGGAUGAGAAUGCUAACACUAUUGGCGAUAUCCCGCUGAAGUUCUACGACGAGUAUCCUCACAUUGGCUACGACAUCAAUGGAAAGAAGAUUAUGCGCCCUGCCAAGGGCGAGGCCCUGGAUGCAUUGCUGGACAGCAUUGAGAUCCCCAAGGGCUGGACCGGUCUUACUGACCCCCAAACCGGCAAGCCUCUGAAGCUCAGCCAAGAUGAAUUGGAACUGCUCCGCAAGGUGCAAAUGAACGAGGUCCCCUCCGAGGGUUACGAUCCAUAUGAGCCUUUGGUGGAAUGGUUCACCAGCGAGAAGGAGAUCAUGCCUUUGAGCGCGGCCCCCGAACCCAAGCGCCGCUUCGUCCCAUCCAAGCACGAGCAGAAGCGUGUGAUGAAACUUGUGAAGGCCAUCCGCGAGGGUCGCAUUCUGCCUUACAAGGCGCCCGAGGAUAGGGAAGACAAGGAGGAGGAGCUCAUCAACUACGACCUAUGGGCCGACGAAGUUGAGCGACCUGAUCACGUUAUGCAUAUCCCGGCGCCCAAACUUCCACCUCCUGAGUUACCACCCCCUCCUGAGUACCUGCCCGAUAACAAGGAGCGCAAGGAAUGGGAGCAGACAGAUCCCGAAGAUCGCGAAAAGGACUUCCUACCCAAUGACUUCGGCUCCCUGCGCAGAGUUCCUGGAUACGACAACUUUGUCCAGGAGAAGUUCGAGCGUUGCUUGGAUCUUUACCUUGCUCCGCGUGUGCGCCGCAGCAAGCUUAACAUUGACCCCGAGAGUCUUUUGCCUAAGCUACCUAGCCCCGAGGAAUUGAAGCCUUUCCCUACUGCCUGUGCUACGGUGUUCCGCGGCCACAAGGGCCGUGUCCGCUCUGUCAAUGUCGAUCCUACUGGAAUUUGGCUAGCUACUGGUGGCGAUGAUGGUACUGUCCGUGUUUGGGAACUUCUCACAGGUCGCCAACUCUGGAGCGCGAAGCUAAGCGACGACGAGGCCAUCAACACCGUCCGCUGGCGUCCAGGCAAGGAUGCAGUCAUCCUUGCCGCCACCGCAGGAGACGACAUUUUCCUAGCCGUGCCUCCUAUCGUUGAUCCUGAAAUUGAGAAGGCCAGUCUGGAUAUCCUCGACGCAGGUUGGGGUUUCGCUGCCUCCAAACCGACCCCCAACGCCUCAGAGGAAGGCAAGAAGAGUGCGCCCCCGACCUGGAUCCGUCCCUCCGCCGCUCUCCUGGAUGCUGGUGUGUGCGUCGUCAUUCCCCUCCGCUACGUACCCAAGACGAUCUCCUGGCACCGCCGUGGCGAUUACUUCGUGACGGUGUGCUCGGGCGCCUCGACACCUGCAUCCCUCGCAAUCUCUAUUCACACAGUCAGCAAGCACCUGACACAAUUCCCCUUCCGGCGUCGUCUCAAGGGCGGUGGUCCCCCGCAGACUGCGCACUUCCACCCUUCGAAACCAAUCCUGUUCGUGGCAAACCAGCGCUCGAUCCGCGCAUACGAUCUCUCACGCCAGCUCCUUGUCAAGAUCCUGCAGCCCGGUGCGCGCUGGAUCUCGUCCUUCGACAUCCAUCCCACCUCAUCGAGCGCAUCUGGCGGCGACAACAUCAUUGUCGGCUCGUACGAUCGCCGUCUGCUCUGGCACGAUCUCGACCUCUCCCAGCGGCCCUACAAGACUCUCCGUUACCACCGCAAGGCCAUCCGCGCCGUCAAGUUCCACCCCAGCGGUCGCUACCCGCUUUUCGCGGACGCCUCCGACGACGGAUCCCUGCAGAUUUUCCAUGGCAGCGUUACUGGCGACAUGCUCAGCAACGCUACCAUUGUGCCGCUCAAGGUUCUCAGGGGUCACAAGAUUACUGGAGAGCUGGGUGUGCUGGAUAUCGACUGGCAUCCGCGCGAGGCGUGGGCUGUCAGUGCUGGUGCCGAUGGAACAUGUCGCUUGUGGAUGUAA